AUAGUUUUUAAAAGCAUGGCUUAAAGUUUCAUAGUCAUCUCAACCACCUGAACAUAACCCAAAAACCCCAAAUUUUGUUCAAAUUUGUCUCGGGAAAAAACAAAGAAACCUAAAGGGUUUGAUUUUAUUAUCGAAUUCGGUUAAAUGUCGAGGAGUUACCCAGAAUACCUUCAAACUGUAGUAAGAACUCAGCUACAAGCUUUGAAAACUUCGAAUGAAUUAUUAAUUAUUGUUUCUACUAAUUUUAUCCAUCUGAAUACCUUUAUUCUCACAUACUGAUGAUAGAGACACUGAGGGCAACAUCUUUUCCUUGUCGAAUCUGACGUCAUUUAUCCAUGAUGUUCUCGAUGGGUGAGCUUACACGAUUUGCAGGGAACAUGUGCAUUUUACUAACGUCAACAUGGAUCUAUCACGUUACGAGCGCUGUGCCCCCGGAUCUAUAUAUGGGGUGUUAUUACGACGGCGGCGACGCAAAGCCGCGCGAUUUCGCCAUCCAUUCGCGGAUCUUAGAACUUACUCCAAAAAAAUGCAACGCGAGAUGCUUAGAGCUUGGAUACAUGUUUUUCGGCCUUCAAGACUAUACUGAGUGCCGGUGCAGCAAUGCGUACGGCAGGUACAACAAACUGUCAGAGAGUAGUUGUAGCAAUACCUGUCGAGGGAAUAGCAGACUUAAGUGCGGAGGUCCUUAUAUCAACUCCGUCUACAGAAUCGAAAAACUGCUUUCUCAAUUCCUGGGCUGCUACAAGGAGGGCACGCCACGUGACCUAUGGGGCGACCAAUCACUGCUCGAUGGAACACUGUCCGCCCCGGAAGUGUGUGUUGAGAGGUGCAAGAAAAAAGGUUUUCAUUUCGCAGCUGUUAAGAACUACGCCGUUUGCAGCUGUGGUGUUAGCUUUGGGCGGUACGGGAAAGCGAACCCGAAAGACUGCAACCCGAAGUGCGGUAGCGGAGAACAUUGCAGCACGAUCGAUGCUAACAGCAUCUACAGAACAAUUGAAGCCGACCUCUAUCUUGGAUGCUACAUUGACCAUGCUACUCGAGAUCUGCCGUGGUAUUAUCCCAUAAAGCAUGGCGAUAACACACCGAUCAAUUGCUGUGCGAGGUGCCGUGUGAAGGGAUUCCGCUAUUGCGCACUUCAGAUAAAUGACCAGUGCCAUUGUGGGAACAGUUAUGGGAGAUAUGGAAAGGGAGAUUGUACUCAUCCUUGUGAGGGGAGCCCGGAUUUAAAGUGUGGAGGGACCUGGCGAAACUCCGUCUAUGCUGUUGAAGCUGAAGUAAAGCCCCCACUUCAACCAGGACACGAGUACAUGUAUACUAACCCACAAGGCAGUGCGCCCCUCACCAGAGACCACGUGAUCUACACCGAGAAGUCUGUCCGUGACGUGAACACCUGCUCCCAAUACUGCGAGCUCAUGCCUGACUGUCAAUCAAUCAACUUCAACCCUGUUAGCAUGGUGUGUGAGAUGAACAACGUGACGUCAUCAGUUGUCGGUUCAGCUUCGAGAGAGAGCUUUAGUUACUGGGAACCUGCAAAAUUCUAUGUAAUGGGAUUACCGUAAGGCUCGGCGUUUAUCUAAUUUAAAAUGAGGGGUUUUUUUUAACCAGUCUGCGCUCGGAGUUUUUAAACGCCAAGUAAGAAAUCUCAGACUGGUGAGAUGGGGGGAUUUCAUAUCAUACAUUUUUUUUUCUAUUUAAAAGUUAUCAUUCGCUAUUUUCCCCCGGUCAUCACAGAUUGCAUUACCAUCAUAGAUUUUAAAGCAAUACCAUAAAAAAGUCCGUUUCAAUGAUUCUCCUGUUUUUCUAGAAGCUUAACGGUGUCUAGGUCUAGGUAGUGAGAUUGUAUGCGAACUUGCAAUGACUCUUGCUUUUAUUCGUGGCAGCCAUUUUAAUUAGGUCCCAGGAACCGCCGUUUUCCACUGCCACAGGCAUUUACGUGGUCUCGCCCCAGUCUCCCAUAGACUAUUUAACAAAUGCUAUCAUGUUUAUAAUGGUGCAACCCCCAUUACCCCAUAAUCAAACCAAAGUACAAUGAUUGGUCGCAUUCUACAUAUUCAGCACUAUCUAGGUAAUGAGGAUACUUGUUAAUAGAUUGACAACCCUGGAAAACUUACAGCCCUAGCCAAAAUAAGAAACCUUCGUCAUACUGUAUUUAACACUCAUUAGAAGUAAGGGUUAAAUACCGAGGGCGGAGGCAGUUCGCCGUAUGACAGCCUGAGGGCGCAGCUGCUCCAGGAACGGACUCGAUUCCCAAAGGUGGAGUUGAAUUGCAAAUUUUUCGUAGCUCGGAGUUUCAGUGUGAGCACGUUGCAAGAAAGGAGCUCACUGACAGCGAUUUUCAAGAACUGUAAUUGUCGACGACAAUGAACAAUCAGAAUGAGUUAGUAGACGGCUCAGAUAGCCACACCACAGCCUAUCUUUGCUGGUGGAAUAAUUUUCCAAAAUUGCACAUAUAAUUUUGGCUUAACUUAAUAUUGAAUUUCGAUGGUUACAAAUACAAAUUCUGCUUUCAUGACAAUUAAAUCGAAGCAUUGUUAAUAUUCAAUCGUUCUUGUUAUCACAUUGUGAACCCGCGCAAAAAAAAAUGGUGUUUUUUGCUCAAUAUGAUAUUCCUUCAUUAGUAUUCACGGUUAAUAUCUAGGUUUUAACUUACCCUUCCUCAUUAGUAUUCUAGUUAUUAACCCUAUUCAUAUUUUAUGAGUUCAUAUUAAACCCCACUUUUUCCCUGCUGAUACAUCAAGCCCUUCCCGUUCUUAAAGAUUGUGUAGUUCCAGAAAAUAUCCAUACCCCCUCCCCCUAUUGAGGGGAUUUGAAAUUCCGGGGGUAUGUGUGGUGUCCGGAGCAAAAAUCCGGGGGUCUGGUUUAUGAGAAACGCGAGUCUUCAGAACCGAAUACUAAAAGUCUCCACGUCUGUACAUAUUAAAGCCCCCCCCCCCCCCCCCCCCCCACGGCAUCCAAAAUGGAAAUUCCAGAGGGGUGGAUUGUCAUACCUCCGACCCGCUCAAUGGGGGGUAUGAUUAUUUUUGGGAACUACACAUUGUUUAUAGGUAUUUUAGUGAAAUAAAGGACUUGGAAUAGGUGUCAAUCAUGUAAUAAACUCUUUAUUACCUUGAGCAAGAUAAGGCCCAUUACGAUUUUACAGUUAAACACUGUUAAGUAUAUGGGAAGUAAUAAACACGUGCCUUAUCAAAAAUAAUAUAUAACCAUGCAUUAUAUUAAGAGUGUUACAGGUCGGGUUGCCAUAUUGUUUUGGUAACUUGUCGUCUAGUAUGUUAUUUUCCUAUCAUGAAAACCGGAAGUUAUUGAGUUUUGUUUAUUUUUUUUAAGGAUAAUUUAGAUUUUGUUUACAAUUGAUCGUUUCCUUAGUCUAGAUUUUAGCACGCCCGUGGACCCUCCGAUUCGAUUACCUUUUGUUGCGUCUAAAUCCAGGGAGUGUCCAGUUUCUUAUACGUGGCAGAAUCGUGGUUUCUUCUCUUCGUUUCAGACAUUUUUUUGGCAAGCUAAACUCUUGACUGUUCUUCGAAACCACAUGCCAUUCUCACCCCUUGGUUUAGACAUCAUUUAUUUUUAUCGUUAUUUCAUUCAAAGAUAAAUGUUGUAGUCACGCGCUCUUUGAACAUGCGCAGUUAAGUUUUAAAAGUUGCUUAAUCAUUAGUGUUAUCUUAGAGUUACCUUGACUUAAUUGAUUAUUUUGUUAAUACGCAGGGACGAGAGACCAACUCUGUGAUUUCCCACGCCCUCACGCUUUUGGCUGAUUGGUUCGUUUUGCCGAAUGUAACCAAUUCUCCCCGUUCCCUCUUGAAUUGUUUUACAUUUAUUUCCUUUCAUAUGGGACCACCACAUAGAUUGCUGUCUGGUCCUAGCGUAUUGAACUGUAUGUUUUGUGGUUGCUGCUUUGCAGUUGCGACUAUGAACAAUUAAAGCUUGGAAAUACCA